CGUAACUAGGAAGCACAGCAUGAGCAGAAGCGUGCUGAAGUCAUGCACAGCACAUAUAGAGUGGAAUAAUGACAUUUAAUGUAGAUGAUUUAUAUGGAUAAAAGUGAUAUAGGAACGAUGAUGAGAAUGACAGCUGUUUAAUCAGAAGGUAUAAUCAGAAUGUUGCAGCUGCACCAGGAGCUCAGAAAAUGUUUCCAGAGUUUAAAGGAGAAUCAGGCUGUAUGGAAUGGAAUGUUGGAUGAUUGUAGACCUUUAGUGAGCUCCUUGGGGAACCUGGCAGAACAGCUGAGGGCGCUAAAGAGCGUGGAUAUAGCAAACACUCCCCUGAGCACCUUUCCAAACUUACAGGAGCGCCUUCUGCACAAACUCCUAAAUGCUGUAGACUCAGUCCUGGGGCAGUUAAAUGAGAAAGUGGAUGCUUUGAGAUCGGUGCGAGAUUCAGUCUGUAAGCAAGUGGCUGCCGUUUUCCAGAUGUAUGAACAAAACUCAGACUUCCUUCCCAUCAGGACGUGUGUGGCCAGAUGUGCGGACGCACCUUCUAUCUCUGACAUGCUCGAGUGGCUACAGGACGCAGAGCGCUACUAUCGGAUACAAUACAUCCAGAGGAAGAACCUGUUACAGAUGAUGACGCCGGAUGAUCUUACAGUUAUAGCGACGGCACCAACGAGAUGGUCAGCUUUAGAUUCACCUGGAGGAGAGCAAAAAAUUUCGGACAUGCUCCUUCAAGUGUCCUUCUUUAUGGAAUCUGAUUAAAUAACGCCUUGAUCUGUGGAUUCGUCCUCAUCUUGCGUAAGUAAUGUCCUGAUUGGAACGACUGCAGCUCGAAUCACCCGACGGAAACUCCGUAACCCGAGUCGUGAUGUGUGACUUCAAUCUCGUCGUCUCAUGUUACAGCCGCUGCAUGAACCUGCUUCCGUGAGAUUAAACAAAUUAGAUCAUAGUUUCGUCUAGUGAAGAAUCGUCUCUACAGGAACAUCACGGUUUCUUUAAUUAGUUCAGUUUUUUUAUUAUUAUUUUUGUGGAAUUACCAAUUUACCAGUUUUUCAGUGAAAUUCUUCAUUUGCACUGAUUUUAAUAAACAAUUUGAACAAAUUCUUUGGUUUCAUUCUGCAGACUUGUAAAAGAUAUUUUUCAUCUCAUCAUGUAUGUGUGCUUAUUAACACCUUUUGCUGUCAUUAAAGAAUGAAUAGAAAGAUGAAUAGAGAUGGCAUGGUUACACCCUAGUUUGGAUGAUUUACUUUAAAAUGUCUUCUUUUUUUUGUUUGUGUUUUUUACAUCGUGUAACAGAUUCAUGUUCAGGAAUGAGAAACUUUUGAUGUGGUUUCAAACCAUUUGCACUUUUAUUUUUUGUAAGCACACAUUUCACAAAA